AUAUGUAAACACUUUGCUGAAACUGGUUCCUCGAGUGCUGGCCCUCCAGGACCAGCUCAGAGCAGCUGUUCAGAAUGGAGACAUGGAAACCUGCCACGGGAUUUGUCGAAUUGCUGUCACACUGGGAGAGAACCACUCCAGGACUCUGUUGGAGCAAGUAGAUCACUGGCAGAGCUUCCUGGCAUUAGUCAACAUGAUCAUGUUCUGUACCGGCAUCCCUGGUCACUAUCCAGUCAACGAGACCACCAGCUCCCUCACACUCAUCUUUUGGUACACACUACAAGAUGAGAUCAUGUCAUUUGAAUCAGAGAAGCAGGCGGUGUAUCUUCAGGUCUACAGGCCCGUGUAUUUCCAGUUGGUGGAUGUUCUCCUCCACAAAGCCCAAUUCCCCUCUGACCAGGAGUACGCCUCCUGGUCUUCUGAUGAAAAGGAGCAAUUCAGGAUUUAUAGGGUGGAUAUCUCUGACACACUCAUGUACGUAUACGAGAUGCUGGGAGCAGAGCUGCUGAGUAACCUGUAUGAUAAACUAGGAAGACUGUUGACUAACACGGAGCAGCCGACGUCAUGGCAGCACACCGAAGCUUUACUGUAUGGUUUCCAGUCCAUUGCAGAGACGAUAGAUGUGAAUUACUCUGACGUAAUACCAGGCUUGAUAGGACUCAUCCCGAGAAUCAACAUCAACAAUGUCCAGUUAGCAGACACAGUGAUGUUCACUAUAGGUGCCCUUGCUGAAUGGCUGGCAGACCACCCGGUUAUGCUCAGCAGCGUCCUGCCCUUAGUGCUGCAAGCUUUAGGAAACCCAGAUCUUUCUGUUUCUUCUGUCUCAACACUCAAAAAAAUCUGCAGGGAAUGCAAAUAUGACCUGCCACCAUACGCAACCAACAUAGUAGCAGUUUCUCAGGAGGUUCUCAUAAAACAGAUCCACAAG